AGCUGAUGCUGCAUUGAGCGGAGCUUCAAAAAAUCCCUCUGAAGAAGAAGACGCAGUUUUAGUUUAAUCGUGUCUGACAUGGAUUCCGAGAGCGGUGAACCACGCUACAAGAACAUAGUUCACUUGUGGGAGUUUCUCUACGAAUUGCUUGCCAGCGGGGACAAGUGCAGCUCAAUCAUAGCUUGGAUCAGAGAGGAACACGGGGAGUUCAAGUUGAAGAACAAAGAAGAAGUCGCAAAGAGGUGGGGCGCGUACAAGAAAAUAAAAGGAAUGAACUACGAGAAACUCAGUCGAGCUCUUCGACAUUACUAUCCAAAAGGAAUCAUCAAAAAGGUAAGCGUUUUACACGAGACUGACCUUAAUUUCUGUUUCAUUGUUGCCCAUCCAUUUUUGUAAGGCGUGUAUGGCAGUGAUCGUAAUUGAGUUAUCUUGAAUGUAUUCAUCGAAUAAAGAAGAAAUUUAGUCGAAGGCUAAGAGAGCAAACAUAUGAAAUUCCUUAUUUGAAACCUCUUAACUUCGUAAUAGGUGGUGAACCAUUCUCCUCUUCACAACUCGGAAAUAACGAUCUCAUUGAGAGCAUGUGAAAAAAGUCCUCAGUAAUUGUUUCCCCCCAAGUCUUUUCGUCCACUUUGUUUUAAGUUACCUUCCUAUUGAUAACGGACGCAAUUACACAAUUUCAAAAAACAAAUUUAUCAGAGUUAGGACAUGAGGCUUAUCGAAAACAUCAAUGUUUUCGGCAAUGAAUGCUUUUUUUUUUCUCCGUCUAAUUAGCAUAAUACAAGCACAUACAAUCAAGGAACUUUAUUAGAAGGACUAAAGAAUCGAAAGUGAAAGAAGAGAUCACGUUCAAGUAAACAGUUACAUCAGAAUUGCAGAUGCAAGCCAAUGAAUUUCGGUAGUUCCUUCUGAGCGAAUGGAUGAUAAAUUUCGCAUUUCGAUUGGCCGCGGUAACUCAGAGUUGAAAGCCACUAUCAUGCAUCUUUGAGUGUAGGAAUAUGAUUUUUAGACUAACUUCGAUCACAAUAAAGCAAAACAAAAUUCAAAACAGGAAAAAAAAGUAAGACUUUAAUGUGCUCUCAACUGCUCCAGGUUGGAAAAAACUGCUUAAAUAGGUGAUGUUUAUCUCACAAACGUCCUCCGAAAGAACAUCGAUCAAUGUAAUAUGAAAUCAAUCAAACGUCUCGUUUACUUUCGAAAGUACGGGUGGGUGUGCGUAAGGUCAAGAGGGUUGAGUGUUAAGGAACAGCUUCCCGUCACAUCUCCUGGACAGCAGCCAUAUUCCCAUUCGUUAUCUCGCUGGGCGAUUUAUGAAAAGAUCUUCCUAGAAUUUCUCUUAUCUUUAACCUCAUGGCGACAAACAGCCCAGACGACCGGAAAAACUAUGGCAUGUAGUAACCAAGGUGAAAUAACAGUGUGAUAAACCGCAGCCAGGACUCAGUCUUUUAGAAGCUCGACAGUUUUUUCAGGUUGCAGUUUUUUGGAUGUGAGAUAAGCAUUUAUCAAUUCUGCUGUUGUUUCGUCGGAAACUCUCGUGGCCAAUCAAGCAACCAUACGUUAAGUCUGUAAUGUACAGGUUUUAAACAUUUUUAUUUUUUCAUUUUGUAGGUUGCAGGCCAGAGAUUGGUGUACAAGUUUAACAAACUGCCAUAUAAGUAUGAACCCGGUGUAACGAGAUCUCUUUACCACGGGAGUAGAAUCAAGGCUUGCAUCCAAGAACCAACGAAAUCUAAAGAAGCCGACCCCACCCCUCCCAAGACGAACACUAACACUUCACUGUCAGCUUUUACUCCAGUCCGCGGACAUCCCAAAAAGAGCUGGUCUUGGCCGCUUCUUUCCACGCCAACGAACCCUUUCGUGUUGUACCCAGGUUCCACACCUAACACGCCUACAAUAUUUGACAGCUCUAAGACCAUGAUCGUAUUCCCGUUUGGUCCCAGUCCACCCGUGCACCAUCCAUUACAGUUGCAUUUGAAACGGGAACACGAUAAACCUGUUGGUAAAAUGAUAACCUCUGAAGUUACUUCGAUUCCGGUUUCGGUCAUUCAGCGUGUCUAACGCACGCUAAUACCGAGAUUUAGGACACACAGAAAAAAACAGAACUUAGACAAGAUAUUUGAUUAGAGUAUCUUGACCUAAAGUCGCUUUACCUUAUAACAGUUUAUUCAAUUGCUUAUCCUGCUUAUAUAUUCGUUUAGGCUCCUCCACUUUGACGUAGUCCGAACAAUAGAAAAAUUGCCAUUAAGUUUUCCAGCUCGAUGGGAUAACAUCAAGCUGAAAAGAGAAAGUCAUCAUCUCAGAUUAUGCUUCCAAUGCUUUAAGGCUGACCAAUAUUUUAUUCCAAAAGCGCUACGGUUAAAAAGGUAAAUUUUCCCGUAAAAAAAGUAUGUUUUUUGAAAAGAUGUAGAAAAUAUUUUAGAUUUUGCGAUAGAAAGUCUGAAGAUGUAUUUUUUUUUGUAAAAUUUAUUUUAAUUUUGCAAGUUAAAAUAUAUUUUUUUUAGACAAUGAUGUAAGAUGGAAAUAAAUUGAUAUGGUUUUUGACGUAUAUCUGCAAGUUUUCCCCUUGAAAGGACGUUCCAGCGGCGAAUAGAUCUCUGAUCUGAGUAACUCCUUUGCGGCCUAGAAGAAACCCCUGGCGUUACUGUCCAAAAAUGAUGCACGCGCAGAAACUAUUUGCUUUUUGCGUCCGCAGACAGAACUUCUUCUUGUGGUCAAUUGUGGUUAAGUGCAAAUCAUUUAUUUUACGAUUCCUGGUGACCGGAACAACUUCUUCUGCGGUUGAGGUUUUAAAACGCGGGACCUUCUUUAACGGGUUCAACUUCUUCGCUGUGCUUUUCGCUAAGAGCUCGGAAACAGAAUUAGAGUUGAUGACAAAAGGCAAAAGUCUUUAACCUCUCACUGUUUUUAGCAUUCUGAUUUAAAUUUGCUUUUAGGAAAAAUCUAUUAUAUAUAUACUUUAAAAUCCAUGAGCCGUUGCUAAAUAGCCUUUUAUACCAAAUUUACAAUUAUAAUUAGCUUACACUGACACUCUUAGAAGAGCAACUUCCGCUUUUCGACAUCCGCUUUCUGCUUUCGUUUUUUGUUUCUAUCUCUUUCAAAAAUUUUCCAAAUAUAUACUUUUUUGUCCCAGUGUCUUUUUUUUACCAAAUAAAGCGUGUCUGUGUUAAACACGUCACCUUUUCUGUUUCUUGUGUUAUAUUUCACUCUCACAGCUCAAAUAUUCAGGCCUCGGUUGAUAGAAGCAAAACUCGAUCUCUCGUACUUAAAAGCACAAAAUUGUUGGUAACCAGCUUCUCUGGGCGUUAUCGACCGUUCAUAGAUAAAUAAAAAAGACAGUGGAAAGUUCAGUGUUCUUUAUUACUUUAAACUUCCGCUAACCGGAGGUGAAGAUCACGACCUCCCUUUAGCAUAUUUGAUAUGGUGAGAUUUAACUCAAACUAAAUACGACUAAAUUUCCUUGCAGGACCCCAGAAAUUGAGAGCUUUGUGUUAAACAAUGCAACUGAGAAAAUAACUAUUGACCUUGUUUUGAAAGCUUCUUCUUUUCUCCUUUUUUUAUCCCUCUUGGUUUUGGUUUGUUUUGUUUUUUUUUUUCUAAUACUUAAUCACAACCAAUUGCGUGACGGAACAGAACUCUCUGGAUUGUCACGCCUAUUGUGAUUUCAACCGGAAGAUGCCGAGAGGAAGUAAAUAUAAUUUUAUAUGAUUGAUAGAACUUCCCUUGCAGCUUUAGUCAUGCUUAAAUAAAGCCUCCAGGUGCAGCUAUCAUUAUGAGUGAGAUCCAUGUAAAGUUAAAAGUCCUCCAGUUUUCUGUUGCAUUUCAAAUUGAAAGUGAUCGAAGAAGGACGCACUUCUGACUGAUUGACUCCCGCGCAAUAUGGCGUCGCAAACAGCAGGUAGAUCAUUCUUUUAUUUUCUUGAUUCUGUAUUUUAAAAUAAAAUUAUUCAGCCCAAGCCGUGGGUUUCUUAUGCCUAAAAUUUUAGAUGUAUCAAUUAAUUGUGAAAGGUUUUGUUCGGUUGCGUGAAUAGUAUUUUAUCUUUGACUCGGCAAUCAUGGUAUCGAGUACAACGCCUGACGAGCGACGAGUUGUCUAAAAAUUAUUAUUUUGCGAACUGAUCACCUAAGAACAACAAGCGAACUUACUUUCUACAAAUGGAGAUCCUUUUCGAUGCUAAAAAAGUAUCUGUAAAACGAUUAACGACAAAAAACUACUAGUUACUUUGAAACAGCUUUUCUCGGCAACUGGCUAGUGCGGCGUGGGUGCACGCGACUGUUUGGUAUGAUAUCAUAAUGACGAAUGUCGGUAACCACAACCAAGAGAAGAUAUUUCUAGAAUUUUGAACAGAAAGAGAGCUGUUGCUUCCAGUGAGUGUCAUCUCCUCGUUUCGUUUAAAGUUAAUUUGAAGUUUUAAAGGCUCACAAGAGACGACUGACAAGGAAUCGCGAAGCCGUAUCUUGAGUUAAGCGACGCAACAGUUCUCAGUCAUCAUUUAUAUAAUUUGCUUGUUGAAUUGUGUCACUCACGAGCAACACAAUUUUUUUCUUUGAGCUGUGAACAGAUAAGAGGCUAGAGCCUUUUAUUUGGGAAUCACAUCGACACAAGUCAAAAUAAAACUUGAAUUUUUAGAGCAUCACCCAAACGUAGGGAGAAUGAUGCACUUUGCUGAGUUCAGCGAAGUGAGAGCCAACAAUUCUAGUUUCAAUUGAAAUUUACUAUGUUUUCUCCUUUAUUUUUAAAGUAAAUUACAAUUAUUACCAAAGAUCUAAUGGCCAUUUUCUCAGAAUUUAAUGAUCAUUAAUGCAAAUCUAGUUUUCAAACUGAGAAUUCUCGUCUGGUAAGACUCAAGAGUCCAAGCCGGCAAUCCAUAGGAAAAAAGUGUUAGUUCGCAGCUGGACUAUCUUUACUGAAGUUUGUUCACUGUCAAUGGGUGUGAUCGAUGGCUAAUGAAAGAAUAUUAUUCUGAGAAACUGAGGCGUUUGACCAAAGUUCCAAAACUCAGAGAGAAACAAAGAAAAUUGAGACAUUGUCAGUCUUGUGCACAAGUAACUGGAGGAUAAGCCUCCAGAGACUUAUUUAUUAUAGAUAGGAACUCUUUCCCAAGGAAACUGAAAGCAUGACGAAGAACUCUUGCUUCAGUUCACAUAGUGAUUGUGCAGCCCUCGUGCGAAGAAAGAUUUAGAUAUUUUGGUAGAGUUGAGAAGCAUUUCAUUUUGUGUCAUCCAUUAUCCGUGUUUUUAGGAGGCUCGAUUGUGCAAUAAACAAAAGUGUAACUGUGUUGAAGAGUAUUAAUAGUUAAGUUUUGAAAAGCAUCCAUAUGUUUCGUUGGAUUAUCCUUAAUCAUGUUAUCAUGUUUUAGGUUCUGUGUCCUAGAAAAUAUUCAAAGCUUAGAAAAGGCAUUUACGAAGAGCUAUAUCCUCUUCUGUAGAGGAACAGCUGCAGCAAGAGCAAAUGGGGUCUUUAGAAAGAAAAACGUUUGCUAUAGGAGCAAAUCUAAAUAAGCUUACGUUUCCUUUGUAAGUUUUAACAAUUUUGUAGGGGCACACAAUAACCAAAUUUUUUCUUUAAGUUAAUUAGAGAAAGCGUUUGGUGUUAUGCAGGCCAUCAUGAGUUGAAAAGGUAAAUAUUGUUAUUGAUCGAAGCGAACUGAGUUGUUUAUCGAUAAGAACUCUGUCUGAAGCACAAUAAUCGUUUGUCUCCUGCAAUGAAGACACUCGCUGUGAAGAUAUUGAUGAUAAUAAUUGCUUUAUAAACGAAUAAAAGGCAAUUUUUUUUACAGCAAUAACAUAGUUAUUUUCAAGUCUACCACUGAUAUCUACACAAUAAGCUUAUGAGUGUGCCAUUUAACUCAAUAAUCUAUUGAAACCCACUUUAUCUGAAAUACAUGAUUCGACUACUGAGUCAAAUAAAUUUCGGCGGAAAUUCAAAGUUAGGUUCAACGCAAGCUUAACGACACAUCUGUUGUAAUUGGUUAACUUUUAGUUCCCUCCAACAGGUGUAAAACUGCGUCAAUUGUCAGCUUAAGUCGUUGUAGCCCUUUCAUUCAAGCAUAUGGCUCUUAACUGUAUAUUCAGGGCUUUUAGUGCAAACUUUUAAGUAGUUGGGUUGUCAGGAAACUAGUACCCUCUUUAACUGGAGAAAACGUGGUCAGCGUUUGCUUUGAAAGAACUUUGAGCUGCUCUCCGCCAAAUUUCAAAGCAGAUGGGAUCUUACUUCCCAUCUUUGAUUAAGAGGACGGAAGGACUAGGUUUUGAGCUUUCACAGUUAUUUACUAAGGGCUCGUUAUAGGGAUAAAUGUUACGUCAGCAGAAAGGGUUGUAGAUGCUUUGUACUUUAGAACGUAUUUAACUCAGUUUUAGUGUUUAUUUGAAGCAUCAAGAUUUUAUAAGUUGGUGUUAAGAUUCAAAAGGUGACAAAUUGUUUGAUGUUAAAACUGAUAAGUCUUUCUCUAUCUUUCCUCUUUCACCAAACCACUGCUAUGAAAGUAGAGACUACGGUGACAGAUUUAGAAAUCGAGGUCAUAAACAAAUCAAACGAUGGAGGUAGAAAUCCAGAAGUUAAAAAAUAUCGUCGCAAGAACAUUAUCCACUUGUGGGAAUUUUUGUUGGAGCUUCUCGCCAACGACAAUUUGUGUACGAUAAUCUGCUGGAGUAGGAAAGAGUUCAAAGAGUUUCAGCUUAAAAGACCCGAGGAAGUGGCAAGAAGAUGGGGUCUGCUAAGAAGAAGGAGGAAAGGAAUGAAUUAUGAGAAACUUAGUAGGGCUUUGCGAUUCUAUUAUGGUCAGGGAAUAAUUCAAAAGGUUAGUACUGUC